UCGGCAGGAAGACGGAAUGUCAGUUGCGGUUCGUGAUCGGGGGUCACCAAGUCACCGGACUUGACCGGACUUAUCGCACCUAAUCUCGUAAACUCGUCGAAAUGCUGGUAAAUACGGGGAAUGCGGGGAGCCAUGGAUGAGUGCGCGCAAACGUGAGUAAUCUGGUUUCGAGGUUAAGUCCGUCCGUGUCCGCGGAAGCCGUUGGAAGUCACAAGGGGGCGAGUCGGUGGGUGGACUCGCGUCGGCUGCGCUUCUUCGUGACCGGGAACCGGCCCCGGUAAUGCAGGUCGGCCCCGGAGGAUGCCAGAGCCCGGCGACGAGCGCGAGGAGGCUCCGUCGAGCCCGGGAGACUCCGAUGAUACCGCGGACCGACUCGAGGUCCGCGCGACGUCAGACCCAGAAAAUUGCGACGUGGCACCCGGCCUCGAGACAAGGUCCUCCGUGGAGGAACGACUGAUUGGAAAAAUGUUCCUCUACGCCAGGGACCUGACCUUCGUGUUCGCGCUGCUUUUCACAGCCCUUGCUGCGCUCACUAACCCACCACCGAAAGUAUCCAAACCACCUACGGCGCGGCCCUUCUUUGAUCGGAGUUCCACGGUAUUGGACUUCUAUGAAGGGCACUUGGAGGCGGCAUGGGAGAGGAUCGCCGAUGCUGAUGUUAGCUUUGUAAUGUAUUACGCUCCUUGGGACGCGGAGUCGCAGUCAGUCAAGCAUGAAUUUGAAGCUGUGGCGAGAUAUUAUCAUGCACAGGUGUGCUUUGUCGCCAUCAAUUGCUGGCAUCCAGGCUCGCAGUGCCGGCAAGCGACUGCAAAGAAACAGAACAUUAAGAUUCUGGCCUAUCCGGUGCUAAUGCUGUACCUGUCCACUGACUCUAAUUUUAAGUACAAGGGCAUUCCGACUGCGCCAUAUAUGAUAAGGUUCCUCGCUGCAGUCUUGAAGCCCGUUCACAGAUUGACGAACAAGAACCAGCUUGUGCAACUUUUUCUGGAUCACGAUGCUGUGCUACUAGGAUUUUUCAAUUUCAUGGGACCAGCCAGAGCCCAAGGGUAUAAAGAGUUCUACAAGGCAGCAGUUCGUUCCCUACAAACCGACCCUAACAGAGAAUUGGCAUUUGCGGUGGUUACCGAUGCCAAGUCAGCGCAAAGAGAUUAUUCCAUCACGAAAUUCCCUUCUGCAAGGUUGCUCAUCUGGAACGAAUUUCUGAGUUAUCCAGGAAAUUAUGCCUGGACUGCGGAUAACUUACUAAUCUGGGUCAAUGGAGCUGUUCACCAACCCACGUUAUGGAUACAGCCUCCCGGCGGGAAAUCCUGGACCAUCUCUUCGUAUGUACGAGAUGGGCCAGUCCUCUUUCUGUUUACUCCAAGGAAUCCCCUCCAUCGGGAGAACUAUAAUUACAACCUGAUGCGGGAAAUAGGUCUGCGAUAUUAUAACUCAGCAAAUGAUUCUAUUCUAAGCGGUGUAGUUUCCAUGUUAGAGCAGAAUCGUCUUCAGGCCAGGGAGGGACAUCGGGCAAGGAGCAAGACAUGUCUAGAGAUGUUAAAUAAAAGUAGAACGCGGCAGGUGGAACCGCGUAUCAGUGUGUCCAUUCAACAGUGGAUCAAUGAUAGUUGCUGUGCCAAUGUUGUGAUCAACAAGUGUCUGUUGUGUAAGGCAGAUGUCCCAACUUUAGGGCCACUCUCUAUGUGCGGUGUCAGUGACUCUUGGGCUCGGAGCCCUGUGCCGAGUGAUAGGCCCAUCAAUAUUGUUCCUAACAGCGAUGCUGGUAGUGUUUCUGAAAAUUUAUUCGACGUCUGCAAGGAGAAGGAUGUGUUCACCAUAUCUCCUUUGAGAGGAGAUCAACAUAACGUUGUUGACUUUUGCUGCAAUAACGAUCGACUUGUAGUAAAUGAACCUGAACAAAGGCUUGAUGCAAAGAGUGACAGAUAUACAACGUCCCUGAUGAGCGGAGAGAAUGAUCCUCUUUCGUCAAGUGCCAUGAAGGAUUAUUAUGUCAAGGAAGAGUGCAGAAUGUUACUUGCUGGGAACGACUAUCAUCCACCGGUGUUUCCCAACGAUUCACCUAACCAUCCGAUAAUUAACUUUUCCUCCGCAGUGACUAAAGUUAAUAAGACACUCGCUCUAAUCGCGUUAGACAGUCUCUAUUACUUUCCAUUCGCGGAAGGACUUGGCAUCAAUGUGUCGAAGAGACGAGACAAGACUGCCGUGGUUAUUGUGGAUUCCCUUCAGGAAAGUCAGUACGUGAUGGAGGGCGAUUUAAGCAGGUACUCUUUGAUAUCAAUUAUUAACAAUUAUACCGAAGGUUUGCUCAGACGAACCCUGCGAUCUGCCGAAGUCAGGCAGAAUGUUGAUAAACACAUGAAAAACGACAAGUGUAAGAACAGUGAUACAGCCAUCUGUAUCCCGGAGUUGACAACAAGGACUUUUUUGGAGACUGUUUUAGAUCCUACCCAGGAUGUUGUAGUGAUGUAUCACACCCCUUAUUGUGCAUUUUGUAGUGCUAUUGCCCACGUGUAUUUAAUUGUAGCCCACUUUUUGUCCAAGAUGGACCACCUUAGAUUCGUUAGAAUCGAUGGGGAGAAUAAUGACCUACCUUGGGAAUACAGUAUGAAUCGGUAUCCAUCGAUACUUUUCUUCCCUGCAAAAGGGAAGAGCGACAGUACAGUGUUUCCGCACUCUUCACCCGUCACUGUGCAAAACCUGUUUCGUUUCGUCCUAGCAAAUCUGGAGGGAGAUUCUCAAGUGGAGGCUCUCAUCAAUGUGUGUCACCAUGGAGCCGAUCAGUUUCCUGAUGACUGUAUAGCCCACAUCCGUAAGGUCUGCCUGGAUGCGAUCGGAGACCUGCUGCGGCAUCACAGGAAACUAAUGCGCGUUACGAUCCGCACGAGCGAUGCAGCGAGUAGACGAAGAAUCGUUCUCAGACAAUUGGAGCACGUGAGAGAGGUGCACCUAAUUCUGGGAUCGGUAAAAGACCUGCGGAAGGAAGAGAAGAUUGUACAGUCCCUCCGUAGGAAGUACAGCCGGUACUACAAGAGCCUGGCGAGUCUCGAGGCGAAUGGAAAAAGGGUAAAAUCUCUGAAUGACCUUGAAAAAGGUGUGAAAAGUGAAGAAUCUAUCGCUAACGAGGAUAAAUCCCUCAAGGACGAAUUGUGAUAUACGGUGCACUUGGAGUGGCAUAGAUUUGUUUGUUGGCUGCUCUUUGAUUCACCGAAGGAGGGUUCACUGGGAUUUUUAUCAAUGCGUGAGAUUCACUCGUCGACUUACACCGGACAAGCUUUUCUCAUUGAAAGUCAGGGAGGAAAGUAUCCAAAGCCUUUCAUUUAAACAAGAUCCUCUGAUUUUUCAUUUUUCCAACUCUCUUCCCUCGUUAUCAGUAAGAAGCUUUCGCUGUCUUAUGCAGCAAGUAAAAAAUCAACUGAUACCUUUUUCUCUGAGUUUCAAGAAAUUUCCUCUUAAAGGACAUCGAAGAGAAAUCUUAUGAAGGCAAGAGAGAAAACGAAGGUACUCUAGUGUCGACAUAGGAAAGUAGCUGAGUCCUUAAGCUGGUAUAUUUUUCUAUCUCCAACUAUUCGGAGGCAAGUCGAAUUAACCGUAACCCGUUAGCCUCCCACGGCCGCGUUUCGUGGAAACAGUUGUUGACUCCAUGAUUGAAUUAGUCAUCGGAACCUCUUUAAUAUUCAUGACACUACCUCUGAAGCACCGUACGCCGUCGACCUAAGGUGUGGAGCUACGAACACUAGGCUGCGAUAAGAAAGAACAUUACAAUGAGUCUUUCCUAUGGCAUCGAAAGGUUCGCCUUAGGUUUCUCUUGGUUCUACUCUACUCGAGGAAUUCUAACCUUGUCUUAAAUCCUUCAUUAUGUUCUUUAGACGGGUGUUCCACGGUCCUCUGGAACUCCUUUCUGUAUAUCAGUGUACAUACACGUUGACGAAUGCGCUAUAAUGUACAGUAAGAAAGAAGAUUUGUAGGCUGGUGUGUAAUUAUAAAUAGCGAUUUAUCCUGCCUUGAA